AGUGUUGGGCUAAGGGCGGACUGGCAGGGGGCAUGGAAGCUCAAAGAUCUGGGGCGCUGCCAGGAAAAAGCAAAUUCUUAAAGUUAAUGGUUUUCAGUGAUUUUUAAAUCCUUGCUGGCGAAGAGGCCCGCCUCUCCCCAGUAUCAGCGCUUCCUCAUUCUUUGAAUCCGCGACUCCGCGGUCUUCGGCGUCAGACCAGCCAGAGGAAGCCUGUUUGCAAUUUAAGCGGGCUGUGAACGCCCAGGGGCGGCGGGGGCGGGGCCGAGGCGGGCCAUUUUGCAUAAAGGGGCGUGCCGUGGAGCGGGCUCUAUAAGUGCCGCGGUAGCGAGCGUGCACGUAUUGCAAGCCACUGUUGGGGGAUUUCGUUGGGUUUUCUCCCACCUCUGGGCACUUCUGGACUCACUUCCCAGCAUGAAGGCGCUGAGCCCGGUGCGCGGCUGCUACGAGGCGGUGUGCUGCCUGUCGGAACGCAGUCUGGCCAUCGCCAGGGGCCGAGGCAAGGGCCCGGCAGCAGAGGAGCCGCUGAGCCUGCUGGACGACAUGAACCACUGCUACUCCCGCCUGCGGGAACUGGUACCCGGCGUCCCGAGGGGCACUCAGCUUAGCCAGGUGGAAAUCCUACAGCGCGUCAUCGACUACAUCCUCGACCUGCAGGUGGUCCUGGCCGAGCCAGCCCCUGGACCCCCCGACGGGCCCCAUCUCCCUAUCCAGACAGCCGAGCUUGCUCCGGAACUUGUCAUCUCCAACGACAAAAGGAGCUUCUGCCACUGACCCGGCCGUCCUCGCACCGCCUGAACGCAGGUGCUGGCGCCCGUUUGGCCUGGGACCCCGGGAACCUCUCCUGCCGGAAGCCGGACGGCAUGGAUGGGCCCCAACUUCGCCCUGCCCACUUGACUUCACCAAACCCCUUCCUGGAGGCUGAACCUGGUGCCCAAGAGCGAAGGACUGUGAACUUGUGUGGCCUGAAGAGCCAGAGCCAGCUCUGGCCACCAGCUGGGCGACGUCACCCUGCCCCCACCCCACCCCCAAGUUUUAAGGACUGUCUUUUCAGAGCAUGGAGGUGUGGAGGAGGGAGUGGCUGCUCUCCAGACUCUGCCAAGGCGGCGGCAGAGCUGGUCUUCUGGUCUCCUUGGAGAAAGGUUCUGAUGCCCUGAUUUAUGAACUCUAUAAUAGAGUAUAUAGCUUUUGUACCUUUUUUACAGGAAGGUGACUUUCUGUAACAAUGCGAUGUAUAUUAAACUUUUUAUAAAAGUUAACAUUUUGCAUAAUAAACGAUUUUUGAACACUUGUGUAUAUGA